AUGUUGGAAAUAAAGGGGAAAGAAAAGGUUGUACAUAGCAAUCGUUUAAAACCAUUUUUGGGAGAGAAACCCCCUGAAUUUAAUUCUGAUAUUCCACCUUCCACCCCUGAGGAGGUCUCCAAAACAAUUGCCCAAGGUCCUUCAACUCCUGAUCGAAAUAAACGACCCUCCCGUCAGGCAAAGGUACCAUCCUGGUUAGAUGGGUAUGAGGUGUACUCCAUAACAUGUUAAAUGAUAUUGCUUUAAUAUGUGCCCCUAGUCACCCUCAAACCCUCACCAUCCCUUUCCCCAUUUUGUUCUUUCAGGAAUGCAGGACUACCAUCAUGAGACGCAACAACAAGGGUGCCAUCAUAUGUGAGGAAAAGUUCCCCACCUGGAAACUGCUGAAGGCCCAUGUCAAGGUCUGUCGGGCAAGGGUGAAACUGAUGAAGAAGAGCCCCCAGCUUCAACAGUCCCCAGUAGUCCGGGUGGCACGGCUUGCUGAGCCCCCGGCCCCAACUACUGAGGCUGCAUCCCCAGCCCCAUCUACAGAGGUUGAACCACCAGCAGUAGUCCGGGUGGCACGCAUUGCUGAGCCCCCGGCCCCAACUACUCAAACUUUAGUCCCUGAGAGCCUUCCAGUGAAGCUUGCAUACUUCGAAGGACAAUCAGUGCCAGCUACAAUUGUAAGUCCCCACGUGGACGUUACCGUAACGCUCCCCAAGAGGAAGGUCGUCUUCCAGGAGCGGGGUGUCGUCACUGGUGAGCUUCUUCACCAGUUUGAGGGCACCCUUGCCCAAACUCCUGAGAAGCCCCCCACUUCUGCUGCUUCAGAUUCCCCCAACCGGGUGGUAGGCAUGACACACCUCAUGGUCUGUGGGCCUGCCAAGAAGAGGCGAAGGAGAAAGAGAAGGAGAACAGCAAUGAAGGAGGGAUCUUCAGAGGUUGUUCCAUUGAUGAGCCUGGAGGUGGUCCUGCCUGAGAAAGUAGUGGGCGCCCUUUCCCCUGAUGAGUUAGAUCGUUACAAACUAAGUCAGGGGGAGAGGGUGUCCAAAGCAGACUCAGUGGACCAUUUCAUUUUCACCCCUCCAGAAUCGAUGGAUGAGCUAUAAUGAUAUGAACACUGCCAAUGAGGCCUUAAAAUCAACAUUGGACUCUUUAGUCAAUGGACUCUUGUGUAUAUAUACAUAUAUAUAUUUUUUUUCUUUCUGUUGGUUCGGGUCGAACCUGUUUUUAAAGGGGAAGUGAUGUGACGACCGGCGAUCAAAAGGUGGUAAACCCUUGGUCUUUUCCGAUCGCCGGGCGUCAUAUUUAACCCCUCCGUUUAUAUUUUAUGUUAGUAAGUUGUAGUUUAGUGUACAUAUUUACCUUAUAUUUGCCUUUUUACUCUCAUAUUUCAAAUAUUUAUAUUUACUUUGUUUUGACGGCCAUGUUGGAAAUGGCGAAUUAAGUAUUUUA